AUGCCUUCAGCUAAACACCGCAUCGCCAAGGCCGCAAAGAAAAAGGAACAGGCUGCGCUUACCCCCGCUAAGGCCGCUCGUAAGGACCCUAUGACGGCUGAUACAUCGCAGGGUGCUAUCACGACUACUGUAGAAACCCUCCAUGAGAUUGUCGAUCCAACCAACAACAAUACGCCAGAUGAAUCGCGACCUGACGACAUGGAACCUUGUCCAUAUUACAUUGGCGAAAUUGGAAAGAAGACCUUCAAGUCUAUUGGAGCCGUAUUCAAACAUUGGGUCGAUCAACCCAUAAAAGAGAAUUCACUCUACAAUGCCGCACACCCUGAGAAUAGAUUUCAUGCCGACUGGCUGAUGUAUCAGGAGGCUUUCCGCAAGAAGGACGAAGUUGAUGCUCCCCCUAGAAUGCCGUACCACCUUAUAGGUGAGACUGCAUGGCACCAUAAGCAUCCGCUUCAUGUCGAGUGGCUGGAAUAUCAGGAGACUUUCCGCACUGGGCGCAAGAAGGACAAGGAAAAUGUGCCUGCUAAUGCGUCCGAACUCUCAGUUUACGUAGAGCCGUCGGCCUCGCGUGCUAAGAACUGUUCCUACUGGCCUUUGGGGAAGUGUAGGGACCGAGAUGGUUGCCGGUAUUACCACGACCCAGCGAAAGCGUCCGAAACUCCUAGACCUCGUGCCGCUCUGCCAAUUGGACGCUGGCGUUAA